CUCACUGAUCGACCCAAAGCCACGCGCAGCGACGGAGGACAUCGGAACCGAUUGAUGGGAUAUCAAUAGAAAAGGUUCGGUAAGCGGCGGCAGCCGGGCAGGACGUCUGUCUGUCGGUCUGCGGAGCACCGCGGGUCCCGAACGACGUCUUCUCAAGAGGCUGUCACGCACCCGGAAGUCAGUGAGUGGAACGCUUGUAGGAGCUAACAUCUGCUCUCGGGAGAGAGGAGGAGAGACAGACAGGUGAGGGGCUCACCUGCCGAGAACCCCCGUGGACCCCGUGGAUGGAAGUGAUCUCAGCUAUGGGGCCUGAGCGAGUGUUGCCGAGUUCCGAGGACGACCUGGGGGAGGAGGAGCGGCCCGUGGACGACGCGCUGCAGCCCGAGGGGGCCGUCUGGAGCGGGGGGGAGGACGGAGGAGAGAUGGAUGGAGAGGAGGAGGAAGAGGAGGUGACCUCUGGAGGGUACCACUACCAGCCUCUGAACCAGGAGCCGGACGGCCCAAACGGCAUGGAGGAAGAGGAGGAAACUGGGGGGGCAGAUGGCUCCUCCCACGCCCAGCAGCUGCAUCAGGUGCAGCAGAGGAUAGAGGUGAUGGGCCUACAUCUUCCAGAAGCUCCGCCUCCAGACAGCGAGGAGGAGGAGGACCCAGAAGGAGCGGCGGCCCUGAGGAGCCGAGCUUCCAUCCCCAUGGAUGCAGACCACGUGGAGCUGGUGAAGAAGACGAUGGCGGCCGUGGCGCUGCCCUCCCUCGGCGUGCCGCCGUGGGCCCGCGAGAUCUCAGACGACCAGUGGAAGGACAUGGUUCAGCACACGCUGCAGACCCGGCAGAGCGCUGCCGCCCUGCGUCUGCACCGCCGGGGAAACGGACCCUGAACGCACCACACCUACACAAUGGACGCUGAAUGCAACAUCACCCCAACACUAUAUGAUUACGUCUUUUUUUAAUGGGUGUCCCUAAAUGCACCUGAUUUCUGUACCACAAAUGUUUCUCUGCAAACUUAAAACCUCCCAGGAUGCUCGACACACAGAACCAUGUGGUACCAGACUCAGCCAGAACAUCAGGUGGAUCAAAAGUGAGCUUAUUCAUUCCUCAAGUCUUUAACUUCCUGGCACUGACCUUUCAGAAUAAAAUAACAGGAAGUCUGCAGUG